AUGUCCACAUCUGUGGCGCAGGUCGGCUUCCAGGACAGGCAGAUGCAGGUGCAGAUGCAGACGCAGACUCUUGACGCAGACACAGCGCACAACCUGACUCACCACUCAUUCGGGGUGACGGCCAAGGCCUCGUCUACCGCCAUUGUGGCUACCCUCAAGUGGCUCCGCAUCACCUCGUCCUUUGCCCUCGCCUUUGAGCCGCAGGUCGACGGCGAUCACGUGUGCAAGGACGAGGCAGGGACGGGGCUCUCGGCAGAGGUCAUUUCCAAAAUCGCGGCGGCGAGCGCACAGGAGCUGGCGAGGGCCAUCGUGACCAGAUCGUACUCGGCCGAGGAGGUGAUGAAGGCGUAUGUGUUUCUCGCGCUGCGUGCGCAUGCGGCGACCAACUGCCUCACCGCUUCGAUGUUUGACGACGCGCUCGAGGAGGCGAGGAUGGCGGACGAGGUGCUGGACAAGCUGCUAGCGUCGGGGCUCUCGUCGGAGGAUGAUGUGCUAGCGGAGAAGCCGCUCUUUGGCGUCCCCAUCUCGCUCAAGGACCAGAUCGUGGUCCGUGGGACACGGGCGACGUGCGGGCUCAAAGCUUUCUACCUUGCUGGCCCUUCUGACGACGACGGGCUACUCACACAGGCUAUCCGCGCUAUUGGCGCCAUCCCGUUUGUCAAGACCAACGUGCCGCAGUCGCUCAUCUCGUCCGAGACGACCAACCACCUGUUCGGAACGACGGUGAACCCGUGGAACAGCGCGCGGACGCCCGGUGGCUCGUCCGGCGGCGAGGGUGCACUGAUUGGCGCCGGUGGCUCGAUCGUCGGCAUCGGGACCGACAUCGGCGGCUCGCUCCGCAUCCCUGCGACCUUUAACGGGCUGGCGACGAUCAAGCCGACGCCGGCGCGGGUGACCCGGCGCGGAGUCGUCAAGCCCGCCACCGCCGCGCAGAGCUACAUUCAACCGGUUGCGGGCCCACUGGCGCGGACGGUGGGUGAUGCGGAAGCCCUCCUUGCCGCCAUCAUCAACUCGGGCAUCAUGGCUGCCCACGACGUGACGACGGUGCCGCUACCGUACGACAUGACGCGGGCUGACCCGGAGGCCGGCAAUGCCAAGCCCGUGAUUGGCUACUACGACGACGACGGUUAUUUUCCCGCUUCGGCUGCAUACAAGCGGGCGGUGGCCAUGGCGGUGGCAGCUCUCGAGCGCGCCGGCUACACGGUGGUCCCGUUCCAACCGCCGGCCAUCGACACCGCCAUCAACCUUUGGUGCUCCAUCCUAGUCGCGGACGGCAUGGACGGCUUUGUGGAGGCUGCCGGCGGCGAGACCUUCAUCAAGCAGUAUCUGCUGAUGAUGGCGUCGGCUCGGGCACCGGCGGCGGUCCGUGGCGUUGCCCGCGCGCUCAUGUGGGCGCUGGGCAUGCGCCGGACGGCCGAGCUUGCCGGCACAGCCCAUCCGCGCACAGUUAUCGAGUCUGAGAAGCUCGAAGCGCAGCGGGCGGCGUACGUGCACGCGUUCUACGACUCGUGGGCAGUGGCCGGCAUCGACGCCAUGCUCUGCCCGGGCUUUGGCGUCGCCCCGUUUGUCCUCGGCGACUCGGCCAAGCUCAACCCGUCGGCCGCCUCGUACACCAUGUUCAUCAAUCUCCUCAACACCGCCGCAGGCACCGUCCCGGUCACUGUUGUUGACGUCGACGAGCAGAUCUAUCAGGGCCCGGUGUUCUCGCUCGAGCCGUUCCACUCUGCCGCUCGCGCCGCCACCGCCUCUUCGGUUGGUCUUCCCAUCGGCGUCCAGGUGUACGGCAAGCCGUUUGACGACGAGACCGUCGUCCGCGUUCUCAAGGACAUCGAGGCCGGCGUCGGCUUUACCGCCGUCUCUCCGCUCCGGGCCACGAUCUGACUCUCGUUGUUAACACACACGUCUUGACGA